GUAUAAUCAUUUCAUCAGCAUAAGAGAAAGUCCUAAGCAAGUGUAGUACUAACCUCUAACCACCUUCAUCUCCUUAACUCCAUUUCUCAUCAUCUACAUUCUCGUCUACGUAUACAUAUUUUCUUCUCCAUAUACAGUAUAUAUACAAAUAAUUCUGCGAAGCUGUUACAUGUGAAAAUGGGGUUAUGUUUCUCCCGUAAGUCCACCGUUAAGAAGAAGAGUCCACCAGCGAAGCGUUUAACGUACCAAUGGUCCUCUAGAUUUCAGUCUUCCAAAAAUGAAGAUUCUUUCACCUCUCAGGAUCGAGCCCUGGCAGCCGCAAUUCUCUUCCAGCAACAGUUGCAAAACAACGGAGCUGGUGUUUCGUUUGAUCGUUCAACGUCGCUGCGGUAUUCCAAUUGUAAAGCUAAGAAGAAGAAUGAAGGAGCGCUGCCACGUUGCUCGAGUUCAAGGUCUCGCUCACUAACUGAUCCUCUGCUUCAACCUCACCAGCUUCUUAACAAGGAAUUAACCAUCGAUGAUUUAGAGACAAACCACUUUGUCCUUGUCCAUGGUGGUGGCUUUGGAGCCUGGUGUUGGUAUAAAACCAUUGCACUUUUAGAGGAGGCUGGAUUUAAGGUGACCGCAGUGGAUUUAACUGGUUCAGGCGUUCAUUCUUCUGACACGAAUAGCAUCACCAGCUUAUCGCAAUACGCAAAGCCACUCACUGAUUUUCUUGAAAAGCUUGUUGAUGGAGAGAAGGUGAUUUUGGUAGGACAUGAUUUCGGUGGUGCAUGCGUUUCAUUUGCAAUGGAGCUCUAUCCCUCUAAAGUUUCAAAGGCUGUAUUUGUUGCUGCAACAAUGCUCACUAGUGGACAAAGUGCCCUUGAUAUCUUCUCAGAAAAGAUGAAGACAAAUGACCUUAUGAGGCAGUCUCAAAUAUUUAUUUAUGCAAAUGGGAAUGACAAACCACCAACUGCCAUUGAUCUGGACAAAUCACUCCUGAAAGACUUAUUAUUCAACCAUAGUCCUGCUAAGGACGUCGCAUUAGCUUCUGUUUCAAUGAGGCCAAUUCCAUUCUCCCCAGUCCUUGAGAAGCUCUCUCUGUCUGACCUCAAGUAUGGUUCCAUCAGACGGUUUUACAUAGAAACAACGGAAGAUAAUGCUAUACCAAUAGCUUUACAACAGAGCAUGAUUAGCCAAAAUCCACCAGAACGGGUUUUUCAUCUCAAGGGUGCUGAUCACUCACCUUUUUUCUCCAAGCCGCAAGCCCUACACCGAAUUUUGGUAGAGCUCUCAACUGUUCCAUCAACAUGAAGCUGUCACGCUUUCAUAAAGUUAUACUGACAUGUUCCAAGUAAUUCAGGUGCUGCCUACACUUAAAAUUGCAUCAGCAUGUAAAGUUGCCCCUCAUGUAUACGCACAAUAUAUCUAGCUUAUUUGUUUUGUUU